GACAGAAGACGCUUGAGCUUAGUAUGCGAAAGCUUUCACUGAGAACAGCAGAAGAGACGGAACAAGAAGCGAGCCGCGUGCGCAACCAGAUGGAAACACUGCAAGGUACGAACGCGAGGCUUACCAAUGAGCUUGAUAGUCAGCGAUCGAAGCUUGAUAAGGCCGGAAUUCUUGCGAAGGACCUGAGUCACAGCCGAGCGUUGGUCGUUGAGCUUCAGGUGAUAAAUUCGGUUCUUAAGAACAAAGCUGAGCAGUUGGCCGGCAGGAACGAUCGGCUUGCAACAGAGCAAUACGCAAGCUCGGAGGCCAGGGAGAAGAAUAAAACGGGUUUCGAAUUCUCCCGCGCCAAACCGAAGAAUAAUGAGCAUGAAAUGAAGGCUCUUCGUGAGAAACUUGCGGCUGCUGAAGCAGAUCGAGAUUGGCACCGUUCAGAGCAUACGAAGAUGCUCGAAGUUCGGAACGCACUAAACGCUGAACGAGGCCAUGACUCCCCACAAUUGGCGCGUCUCAAGGGCGAUAUCACAAAGCUGAAGAAGGACAAAGAGGAUCUUGGGAGGUCCAUCCAUGUGCUUAAGGGGAACAUCGCCUACUAUAUCACCCACUUGGACUUGGCUGACGCCAACUUCCGUGUCUUCGCCUGUAGACAUGAAGGUGGCCUAGACGCUGUCCCAGACAAGCAAAACACGACGCGUCAGAAGACGGCAUUGCAAAUUGCUACCGAGUUCUUCAAGGAGUACGCAGACGACGGACACUUCAUCAGUGAGUAUCAUGAUGUGAGACAGUACUUGCUUGAACACCAUCGUGCGCAUGAGCGAGUCGGUCAAGGUCGCGGUUCCUCCUCGGGCAGGCUGAAGGACAAAAUGAUCGAGGUUGAUGUGGAGCGUGGAGCCAACAUCACCUAUUCUUGA